CGCCAGAGUGAUGAGUUAUUCACCGGAUGUCACAGUGCACAAUGAUCACCAAAAGCGGAAGUAAUACGUAUCAGCGUGAUAAUCCCUAAUUGACACCCAUUCAUAUUUUUCGAUCUCAUAGGUCCCAUGAGCCCUACCGGAAGGGGCGUGACUUCGCCACUCUAUUAUGUCCAUGCUCUGGCAGCAUCAAUCGACGGAUGAGGAAGCCGGAUCCAAUACGUCAUAGGCCACGCCCACUGGAUACAAACGCAGCGCGGGAGUCAGAUGAGGUCAGGAACACAUGGCCGUCCCGUUGCUAGAACACGGCAGCGCCAAACAUUUCACUGACGACUGCUUCCUCAACUUGGGCCAAUACAGAGCUGGACUUGCUCAACGUCUGAAAAUCAAGUCUGGAUCAGUACCAACUCUCCUCGGCUCAGCUACAAACCUCGACAAAGCCAGCUCAUCAAGUGCUUCCAUUCAGCAGCUUCUCUCAAGGGAUGUCGCCUGCCAGACAUAACACCUGGAAACGCAUACUUGUAGGCACACAGCUAUCCUUAAAGUCUUUGCAGCCCCAUUUUAAAAGUGAAGAAGACUUCGAUGCCUUUGGAGACCGUAGCACGCAGCGUGGCGCCACCUCAGAGAGUCUGGGUGUGGAUGCCCCUGGCUCCUCCCACAUGUCCAGUCACAGCGGGGAGCUGAAGAUUCUGAGCGUCUACGGUAAAGGGGAGGGCCCUUUGGCGACGGACGGCCAUGACAACCUCUUCACCGCGUCAGAAGUGGAGCCCCUGAACUCGCUGUCUGCGGACCACAGCGCGGCCAAGAGCCUGGAGCGCGGCGAGCGGCUGGUCUGCCGCGAGGAGCUGAGUGUGCAGCAGACCCCAGACACCAUUUCAAUCAAGGUUGAAGAGGAUAUUGGUGGAGGCAUGCCUGCUGUAGAAGACUGUGAUGCCUUUGGAGACUGUAGCACGCAGCGCGGCGCCACCUCGGAGAGUCUGGGUGUGGACGCCCCUGGCUCCUCCCACAUGUCCAGUCACAGCGGGGUGUUGCGGAUCCUGAGCGUCUACGGUAAAGGGGAGGGCCCACUGGCGGUGGACGGCCAUAUCACCCUCUUCACCUCGUCAGAAGUGGAGCCCCUGAACUCGCUGUCUGCGGACCACAGCGCGGCCAAGAGCCUGGAGCGCGGCGAGUGGCUGGUCCGCCACGAGGAGCUGAGUGUGCAGAUACCAUCAACUAACACCACUAAGACAGCGAAAAAAAGAGGAAAGACACUUGUUGAAAGGACAGCUACUAAAAGGGAGGCGGAGAGAGCUCGAAAUAAAACCAGAGUAAACAUCGGCGUGGCUUAUGAGCGAUGGAGAGAGUUACGUGACCUGAGAAACUUAAAAUCGGACGCUGAGAUGGCUACAUUUCUUAUAGACAGUUAUGAGAACCUCACAUCCCCUACUUCAUCCACACCAUGCAAGCGCAGGAGAAACCUGCCUCUUCCCCAAGCUUCAAGCAUUCAUUCAGAGACACUCUUAGACAGAGCCGAUGACUUCUUGGAUGCUGAAGAUGUAGAGGACACCAAUCCUGCCACUACCUUUCAAAGUAUGGAUACAAGUAUUUCUCCACAGGUAAAUGACAUUGAAGUCAUAACUGAAGAAGAAUUUAAUGACAUCCGGAACUCUACAAUUGGCUGGGCCGAUAACACCUGGGAAGAUGACAGUGGAGAAGAUGACAGUUGGUACCCAGAAAUGGAGAUGGACAAUGGGUCAUCUUCAGAGGAGGAAGAAAUGAUGGGGGAAGACUGUGAAUGCAGUGAUGACAGUGACAUCGAUUACGUGCCUUAUCUCUGUGUGCGGACUGGUGGAGCUCUCCAAAAGAGCAAAUGGCUGGACACAUUACCAGCUGUUGGUCUGGAGGAGACUGUUCAUGACCUUGAUGAUGGACACAAUUCCUCAGAAGUGAUACCACCGCUACCAGAGAAGACCCAAGUCCUCUGCAAGGAAGAUAUAAUUGGACAACCAGCUUCCAUUGUCUACCAUAGCUGUCUUAAACAGCUGGCUCAGUAUCUUGUCUUACCAAUCCCCAAGUGCAACACAAAGGACCCAGUAACUGAUGCUGAAUGUGGAGCACUUAGACCAUUUGAGGUGAAAAUAACUUCCAGGGGCACAUCAGUUGUCGUGGAAUGGAUAUGUCAUCAGGGUCACAGUGUCUGGAGGUGGAACUCCCAGCCCACUCUAAAAUAUGGGAUGCAUGCAGGUGACUUCAUGUUGUCCUCGAACAUCCUACUCUCUGGGAACAACUACGGGAAGGUGGCUCUGCUGUUCAAAUUCAUGAACUUGGGAAUAGUACACAGAACCACAUUCUUUAAAAUCCAGGACGCCUACUGCUUUGACGCCAUCGAGGACGACUGGGAUGACAAGAGGUCAGCCAUUAUUACCCGGCUGAAAUCAAAGGACAGUGUAGUGGCCCUUGGUGACGGUCGUAUGGAUAGUCCUGGGUUUUCAGCACAGUACUGUACAUACACAACGACGGACAACGACAGUAAAGAGAUCAUAUCAAUUGUCAAUAUUGAUAAGAGGGAGACCCAGAAGAAUUCGGUUAUCAUGGAGAAGGAGGCUUUCAUCCGGACCUUUGAGACUCUCCACAAAGAGAUUCGCCUACAGGAGUUUUGCACUGAUGCUCAUUCACAGAUCUCGGCGCUCUUCAAUCCAACAAAAGGCAGGUUCAAGGACUCUGGUGUUCGACACACCCUUGACAUCUGGCAUGGGUCAAAGAACUUGGGUAAAAAAAUCCAUGCAGUAAGUUCCUGACUUCGAUUCUGUUAUUGGUCCUUGAUAAUAGAUUGUUAUAAUACCAAGUCGA